AUGUUUUGUAAUUUAUCAUUAAUAGUUUCAAUAGUAAAUGUAUUUACAAUUGGAGUGAUACGUAGUCAAUAUUUAGGGCCUGAAUCGACUGAUCAGAAGCCGAGACUAGAAAAAAAUAACAUUGUGAAUAAAGGAGUAUGGGUCCGGAACAAGGCUGAAGAGAAUGAUCUCCUAGUGAACAAUAAUGCGGGUAACUUUAUCUUUAGAGAAAACUCUAUGGACAUCGACAAUUUGUUGCAGAAUAAUUUUGAUGCUUUUGGCGGGAAUUAUAUGCAAGAGACGCCAUUUGUACCGGCGUAUAAUGACAGACAGAAAAGAUCUAUUCGUUACAAACGCCCUCGGAAAAGCAUUACAGGCAAAAAUAUUAAAACCAAUCAAAACAGUGAAUAUGAAAAAGCAGACUCGGCUCAAUCAAAAAUGAUUAAUAAUCUAAAACCAUCAUUGGUAUUCAAUGACUAUCCCUACGAAGUAGCAAUACUACUUAACGGCAAUAUAAGUAUGGAGAAGGAAAAACUUGCAAAUCUAUUAAAUAAUGAAUCUUCUGACGCUACAGCGGUAAGUCACCACAAUAGUAACGAUACCGUUGAUGAACUGACAACAGUGUCCAUUGAUACAGAAAUGAUUACAACUAACGAUACAGGCAAAAACGUUACUUCACCGAAACGAAGCAUGAAGUACGACUUUGAAACAGAAAUUAUAAAAAAGAUUGAAUAUACCGAGGAUUUAAAUAAAACUGAAGAAAAUAACAACAAUAACGAAAAUAAGAUUAACGAUAGAAAUGUUUUUGAUAAAGAUAAUUCUGAAUGGCAUCAAAAUGCACCCAUUCCUGAUGUAAAUAUAUAUAAAGUUGUACCCAAAGAACCGAUGCAGAAGAGUAAACCUGUGACUGAAAGAGGUCUUCUCAAGGUUAUUUCAAUGCUUACAAAGACUUUCAAGAAAAUUAUAAAGCAACAUGGGGAAAUUAAAGAGACACAUAGUAGAAUCAACGAUAUAAAUGAAGAAUUUAGAAAGAAUACAGCUUCACUUGCCGGCAAAUUUCAAGAUUUUGAUCUCAAAUAUUUGUAUUUAAUAAAACUUCACGAUAAAAUGAAAGAAUUUGAUUCUAAUUUAGCGAGUCGCGAGCAAUACUUCUUAAAUAAAGAAAAAGAAAUAGCGAAAGGUUUCAAAGAGUUUGAGAAUCAACAGAAAAAGUUCUUAGUUCAGCAAAAGCAAUUUUAUAAUAUCCAGAAGUUGAUGUUAGCACAAAAUGAAAAAAUCAACAUGAAACAGAAUUUGAUAGCAAAAACUCAAAGUGAGAUUUCGCAUAGACAAAACAAUUUCGCUAGAAUACUUAAAAAAGCAAAGCAAAUGUAUACGGACAAUAAAAACACUGUAAUUACUAAAUUAAGUUCUGGUAUUUCUAGGCUAAAAGACGCUACACAAAAACCAAGCGAAUCGGAAUUUGCACAAUCAAGUACUCCAGCCCCGGAGUCCACAACAGAAUCAGUAAAAAUAAAUCUUUUUUCAAUUCCGACGUCAAACAAAAUACAACAAAAUCCCGAUGAAUUCAUAUUAAGAGAAAAAGACGAGCAAGCAAUAGAUGAUCUAGUUUAUAAAUAUUACUUCAACAAUACAUUUAUUGAUAAUUUUAUGAAAAGUAAAAUACUCAACGGUUUCAUGAGUGACGGGGAAACCGGUGUCAAAAGACGCACUGCGAAAAACAAAAGAAAUAAUUUUGAAACAACAAUAUUAUUACCCAUUUUGGAAACUAACGAAUCGGCAACGUACGGUCGCCAUAGACAAAGGAGGUGGAUUAACCGUCAUUAUUCAAGACAUCAAAACAGAAGGAGAGAACACAAAAAAACAACUCCAGUUUUAACUGCCACUACCACAGAUAAACCGAAAGUAGGCGUGCCUAUACAAGUAAAUAUACCUUUAAAUGUGAUUGAUAAUUCUGUGAAAGAAAAUAGCAAUAAAAGUCAUCCGUUUUUAACUAUGGCUAGGAGUUUUUGUAAUGAAAUACAUCAGAAUACCAACCAACAAAUGCUUAGGUGGUGCGUUGAAAAAGCGUUAAGAAAGCUCCAAUUUCUUGAAGAAAAAAUGGUACACCAGCCACCAAUACCUUACAAUAUGCCAACAGCAAGAGUCGGAAUGAAUGACGCAAUGGACAAUGCUAAAAAACCAAUGAACAAAGAUAAAAAUAUAAAUGAACAUAUUGUUAAAAAGUAUCUACCAAAUGAAGCGAUGACUAAAAUCAACGGGAUUCGUUCAGAAAUUGGAGCUACCGAUCAUCCACUUUUUGAUACUACAACUUCUCCACCAGUUCAGUUAACAACAUUAACUCUGCAGACUUUCGAGACGGCAUUCACAAAUGUUCCAGCCGAAUUUAAAUUAUCACCAGACUCGUUAUAUUUCCCAGAUAAUGAUGAAUUGGAGAUGAAAUUAAAAGAAUACGAGUUACAACCAGACACCAAAGGAAACGUUUAUUUUGAAGGCAGCGUCCACGCUAGUGAUAUAAUAGAUGACAGUGAAAGUGGUGUGGAUGACAUCAUGCCAGGGUUGGACAGCAAUUCGCGAGUAGAAGUGGACCCUUUGGCGUUUGACCUGCAAGCUAAAAGACGAGCUGCUGUUAGAAAGUGA